AUGAAGAAGCCCGCCGAGCAGCAGCUCAGCCACCAGCGAUCAGUCUCCUCCAUCAACAACCAUCACACCACCACCUCCACCCUCAGAACACUGCUCACCAACUCGCCCAGCAAGACACACUCAACCACCACCACCACCAUCACCCUCGCCUCCCCCAAGCCCACAACGACUGCCCACACCCCACGGGCAGACGACCAGAAACGCGCACCCGCACCAGCCCAGCCCAGGAAAUACCACAUCCUCACCAACGCCGGCAAGCCCGUCUGGUCGACCGAGAAGGAGGACGAAAACCGCCCGGAUGGCGACCUCACCAGCCAGAUGGGCCUCAUCCAGGCCGUCAUCUCCAUCUUCGAGCUCGACGACAACGACCAGCUCAGAUACAUCGAUGCCGGCCAAUCUAAAAUCGCCGUCAUGUCGAGACCGCCCUUGUACUUCUUGGCCGUCUCCAACUGGGGCGAGCCGGAGUCAACCGUAAGCAUCCCAGAGCACAUCUCACAGUUGGCUAUCCACUCAAAGCCGUCCCCGCCGCAGCUCCGGAUCCAUCUGGAAUACCUGAACCUGCUCGUCCAAUCGAUCCUCUCGACCACCCAGCUCAAGAAGAUCUUCGCCCAGCGCCCGAACUACGACCUGAGGGGCGCCCUGAGCGGGACCGAGGCGAUCUUCGCGGGGCUCGUCGACCGGCUCCAAUGGGACCUCUCGAUCAUGAUGGCCAGCUUGGUCGUCUACAGAUGUCCCCCCCUGCUGCGCGCCCGGAUCAGCAAGCUCAUCACCCCCUCCCUCACCCACCCCAGCCCGGACCAUCCCGACUCGUUGGCGAGUACACUGCUGUACUCCAUCGUCAUCACCCAGGCCCAAGUCGUCAGCGUAGUCAGACCCAAAAACCACAGCGUCCAUCCCUCAGACUUGCAGAUAAUCCUGACAACGAUCCUGUCCUCCAAGUCGAUCAAGAGCUCCGAGUCCUGGAUCCCCAUCUGUCUGCCAGGCUACAACCCCACGGGAUUCCUGCAUGCCUACGUGAACUUCGAGCCGGGCAUCGAUGUCGGCCUGGUGCUGAUCUCGAAGGACCGGGCGGGCUUCUACGAGGCCCAACGGUGGUCGGAGGCGAUCUUCAAGGACCCGGUGUGGGCCGAGUUCGACCGCUUGCACGCCCCGCUUCCCGCCUCCUCCUCCUCGCCCUCUGUCUCGCCGUCCCCGUCCUCCUCAUCCACCGCUACCUCCUCCUCCAAAACCCCCCGCCCCGAUCCCCCCCUCACCAACAGCCCCUGCGGCCAUUACUUGCUCGAAGAGCUCGGGAUCCCCGGGCUCAGACACUUCGUCUACAAGGACAAGAAGGCCGUCCAGCUCAGCGCCCCCGCCUGGGAACACGACUAUCUCCUCCCGGCCAACCGCCAGCGGCUCAUGGCCAACUACCAGCUCGCCUUCGACCUCAUCCACCCCAAGCAGCCCAAGCUGAUCAAGAAAAUCCACCCCGAGCCCGGCGGACAGCCUCCCCCCGUGGACACCGACCUCGACUCGGCUGCCUUCUCGUCCGCCGCCUCUCUCCCCCCGCCCCUCAAGUUCACCCUGUUCAAGACCCCGUUCGAAUCGGUCAUUGGCUGGGUACAUCCACCUGCGCAUAUCCAGCUCCUCCCACUCACUGACCGCUUCGUCUUUUCCUUUCUGAUAGAUCACUGA